GAGAGAGAGAGACAGAGAGACAGAGAGACAGAGAGAGAGAGAGACAGGGAGAGAGAGAGAGAGAGAGAGACAGACAGAGAGAGAGAGAGAAAGAGAGAGAUAAAAGGAGAGCAUUUUACUGCACUGUGUGUGAUGAUGUAAGAUGUAUACAGUCAGUGUUGGAUGCUGGAGGUGUGGAGGUGACAGCCUCUGUGUGUGUGGAGGUGACAGCCUCUGUGUGUGAAGAUGUGCAGUGAAGAUGUGGGCUGAAGAUGUGCGGUGAAGGUGUGGGCUGAAGGUGUGGGCUGAAGUUCUGGGCUGAAGGUGUGGGCUGAAGAUGUGGGCUGAAGAUGUGGGCUAAAAAUAAGGGCUGAAGGUGUGGGCUGAAGUUCUGGGCUGAAGGUGUGGGCUGAAGAUAAGAGCUGAAGUUGACCCCCGUGGUGCCCGCCACCUCCUGACUUCCCAGCAUUCCUUGCCAGGGAUCCCCGUAGCGCUGAAACAGACCAUUGACCUACGCACCUCCAUGGACGGCAAGUACAAGGAGAUUGCUGAGGAGCUGUUCUCUCGCAGCUUAGCAGAGCGUGAUAUGCUCAGCGCCCCUUAUGAGUUCCCUGAGGACAGUCCCAUAGAACAGCUGGAGGAGAGACAACAACGACUACAGAGACAGAUCAGCCAGGAUGUCAAGUUUGAGCCAGAUAUCCUUCUGCGAGCCAAACAGGAGUUAAUGAAGACUGACAGCGCUACUGACCUAGAAUACCUGAAGGAGCAGAGCCAGGCAUUCAUGGACCUGUAUCCCAAGGAGAUGGAGCGGGAAGGAGAGAAGGAGUAUCAGCGGGUCUCCAUCUCUGGAGAGGAGAAAUGUGGGGUUCCCUUCACAGACCUGCUGGAUGCUGCUAAGUGUGUAGUGAAGGCCUUGUUCAUCAGGGAGAAGUACAUCGGCCUGUCCAUGCAGAGCUUCUGUCGGACCACAGCCAGCUACCUGGAGGAGCUCAGUGACAGACCUCUAGAUAUGGGUAUCUAUGAGGAGAUACCUGAGACUUCUGUUACUGCAGACUUAGACCAGACGGUCCAUCCUCCUGUCUCCGCCACACACCCCUAUGAAAACCAGGACCCUGCCUGUAUGCCUCCUGAUAUAGGCUACGGCUGCAAGAUGGUAAACGGUGUCGUCCACAUCUACACAAAGAAGGACAGCAUGGACACGUCUACAGAGUUGGAGCUGCCCUACCCAGACCUAUCGGAGUACAUCGCUGAUAUGAACGUCAUGACGGCCCUCAUCAUCAACGGACCUGUGAAGUCGUUCUGUUACCGUCGCUUACAGUACCUGAGUUCUAAGUUCCAGAUGCACAUCCUGCUGAAUGAGAUGAAGGAACUGGCAGCUCAGAAGAAAGUUCCUCACAGAGAUUUCUAUAACAUACGCAAGGUGGACACCCACAUCCACGCCUCGUCCUGUAUGAACCAGAAACACCUGCUGAGGUUCAUCAAGAGGGCCAUGAAGAAGUAUCCAGGGGAGAUCGUCCAUGUGGAGAGAGGCAAGGGACAGACGCUCAUGGAGGUGUUCCAAACCAUGAACCUCACAGCCUUCGACCUCAGUGUGGAUACACUGGACAUGCACGCUGACCGCAACACUUUCCACCGCUUUGACAAGUUCAACGCCAAAUACAAUCCCAUCGGCGAGUCCAUCCUGAGAGAGAUCUUCAUCAAGACAGACAACCAUGUAGAAGGGAAAUACUUCGGACACAUCAUCAAGGAGGUGAUGGCUGACCUGGAGGAGAGUAAAUACCAGAACGUGGAGCUGCGUCUGUCCAUCUACGGCCGACAGAGGGACGAAUGGGACAAGCUGGCCCAGUGGGCCGUCAAACACCAAGUCUACUCUAACAACGUACGCUGGCUGUUGCAGGUGCCACGACUCUUUGAUGUGUACCACACAAAGAAGCAGCUGUCUAACUUCCAAGAGCUGCUGGAGAACAUCUUCAUGCCUCUGUUUGAGGUCACCAUCGACCCCACCAAUCACCGUGAGCUGCACCUCUUCCUACAGCACGUGGUGGGCUUCGACAGUGUGGACGAUGAGUCUAAACCAGAGCAUCACUGCUUCAACAUGGAGAGUCCUCUGCCAGCCAACUGGACUGAAGAAGACAACCCUCCUUAUGCCUACUACCUGUACUAUAUGUACGCUAACAUGACUGUGCUCAACCACCUGCGCAGGCAGAGAGGUUUCAACACCCUGGUGCUGCGUCCUCACUGUGGGGAGGCGGGGCCUAUCCAUCACCUGGUGUCAGGUUUCAUGCUGUCAGAAAACAUCUCCCACGGACUACUGCUUAGGAAGGCCCCUGUGCUGCAGUACCUGUACUACCUGGCUCAGAUCGGUAUCGCCAUGUCUCCUCUCAGCAACAACAGCCUGUUCCUCAGCUACCACCGUAACCCUCUGCCUGAAUAUCUGUCCAGAGGACUCAUGGUGUCACUGUCCACUGACGAUCCUCUGCAGUUCCACUUCACUAAGGAGCCUCUGAUGGAGGAGUACAGCAUCGCUGCUCAGGUGUGGAAGCUCAGCUCCUGUGACAUGUGUGAGCUGGCCAGGAACAGUGUUCUGAUGAGCGGUUUCUCCCAUAAGGUGAAGAGUUACUGGCUGGGCCCUCACUACAUCAAGGAGGGGCAGGAAGGAAACGACAUCCGACGCACCAACGUCCCCGACAUCCGUGUGGCGUACCGUUACGAGACCAUGUGUGAAGAACUCAACCUCAUCACCCAGGCCAUCCGCACAGACGAGCUGGAGGCCAUCACAGAAGAGGAAGGGACUCUGUGUAUGGGGCCUGUCUAGGGGGAGAGAGGAGGGGCAGAGAGGAGGGAGG